UUAUUUUUUCCUCUCUCCAGAAGCAAUCAAACGAAAAAAAGGGAGAGAAAAAAAGCAAAAAAAAUGAUUUUUUUUCCUCCCUAGGGUUUUAGAGAUGAUUUAUGUAAAUUGGGGUUUCUUUAUUUGAUGGUUAGCGAGAGCGAUGAAGAAAUCGUUCAAGGAUUCUCUCAAAGUACUCGAGGCCGACAUCCAGCACGCUAACACACUAGCCUCAGAUUUCCCGAGGGACGGUGCAUAUUUUCAGAUGCGUAUGUCGUAUAGUCCAGCUGCGCACUUAUUUCUUUUUCUUGUUCAAUGGACAGACUGUAGGCUUGCUGGGUCCCUCGGGCUGCUAAGAAUUCUGAUAUACAAGGUAUAUGCUGAUGGAGCUACAACCAUGUCGACCCAUGAAAGGAAAGCAAGUAUUAGGGAGUUCUAUGGCAUAAUUUUUCCGUCAUUGAUGCAACUACAGAAAGGUAUAACUGAUAUGGAAGACAAAAGGCAAAAGGCAAUAUGCAUGGAGAGGUAUAUGAGAAAAGGUGAAGGUGAAAUGAAACUGUUCUCAGAAAUAGAUGCUGAAAGAGAAAAGGAAUGUGGGAUCUGCAUGGAAAUGAACAGCAAGAUUGUAUUACCUAACUGUGGUCAUGCUAUGUGCAUCAAGUGCUACCAUGAUUGGUGGGUGUUGGCUUCUUGAUUUUGGGGUCAAUUAGGGGUAUGGCUCUUUUCCCCUUUGCAAUAUUUAUGUUCACGUGGCAGAAUGGGUUCCUCUUUUUGUGAUAUCGAGCCUUUGUGUGGGUGGGUGUGUGGGUGUAUGGUGGGGUUAACGGAGUUUGCAUGUCAAAUUUUAUUAGGUUUGGCAGAUCCACCCGUGAGAUCCACCACUUUGCAUGUUCUGCAUGUUGCUUAACUCCUCUUUUGAACCAAAUCUGGGCUGAAACUUACUCUGUGUACCCAGUUAAAUUUGGAUGAUGCAUCUUCAGAAACCUGUUAUUGUAUAGUGUGUACUGCUUCUUAUCCUGCUAAUGGCUUAUAUAUACCCAUAUAGAAAUUUAUAUCUGUACUGUUAUCUUUCAGAACUUACUACCGAAUCCUUGGUUGGCAAGCGAAGAUUAGCUCCUUUACUUGCAUAGCACAAAAUUGCAAUAAUUUCAGGAUGAAUUCACGGUUUAUAUAGUAUUACCUUUUUAAAUGAAAUGUUGUACCUACUAGUUAGAAUAUAUGGGUAAAUGAGAGAUUUUAAUAGAAGCAUGAGGAUUUUAAAGGGAAAUGAAAAUGCAGGGGGGAUUUCGAGUAAGCCUUUAUAUUUAUUGCAUGAACUGUGUAUUAGGUCGUGCAAAUCAUACUUAUCUGUCCAACCACAAUCCUUGGUAUUUACUGAUAACACUUCGGAAUACUUCUGAGGGUUGGAAGCUUGCUGCAAUUCUUCCUAAGUGGAUCUAAUCUAACAUCGGAUGAGACAUGUUGAGAAUAUAUUUUCCUGUGCCAUUGUCUCUGACUACCUUGAAAUAGUCUUAGAUUUGAGUGAGAUACUAUUUCGUAUUACGAGUCUAGCGUGCUUUGAGAGAGUUGAGACAUUCUUAUGCUAUAGGGUCUGUUUUGAUUUUCCCCAUUUGUUCUCUCUGCUUAUGGAAUGUGAUCAAUUUACUGAUAGCACGGUUUGCAAAUAUGCCAAUUGAUACCUAUAUUGUUGGUUCCGGAGCCUCCUAUUCGUGAAUCAAGCAGUGUAAAGCUGGUAAAUUUCUGUAAUUUAUGGCCAUGAAAUAACAUGACCUGCUAAUUUAUGCUAUAUCGUGAUACUAUCGUGAUACAAGUAAAAAGCAGCCAAGUCAGAAUGUCAGAUUAAAAUGGAUUCAUACAUGCGCGUCGGUGUCAGUUCUCAUAUCCCAAGCCAAACAUGAUAUGAAUUUUGAGAAGUUGCACUUGGGACUGUAAGAUCAUCUUAUCCAUGGUACCUUAAAAAGGCCUUCUCUCCACUAGAUAUGAGGCAUUGUGUGAUGGUAUGGUCAAGGGAAGGAGAAUAAGCAGCUUGAAGAUUAUGUUUAUCAUAUAAUCAUCUGAUAUAUUGUAAACAUGUAAUUCUUAUUUAUCUUAUACCCUUUACCAGUAGACAUGAGGUAUAGAUAGAGAGAAACCAUGUCUCAGAUAGUAGCCUGUUGCCAUAUCCGGAAGCAGCCCAAAUUUUGUCGCUAUUUUUCUUGGUCCCAAAUUUUGUCACUAUUUUUCUUUAUUCUCAUCUAUUUUUCUUGGUCCCGAAGUCUAUAGCAUGCUUCGUUCUUCACUUCAAAGAACCUAGAUACGAGUCCUUUUGUUAUUUUUGCUUCAAUACCAUACCUUACUCUUCAUCUUGCCCUUUUAUUUUUCUUUAAAAGCUUAAUCAGUUUGUAUUAAGCACCCUGUUUGAGUAUAAAUAUCUCAAAUAAACCAAAAACCGUUUACAUCCCACUUCUGUUUGCAUUUUCUGCUUCUUAUGGUUACCCCUUGAAAUGUCUUCAGUAAUUUCACACUGUUAAACUUACAAGCUUGUUGUAUAUCCUUCCAGUAACCUUGUAAUUUUACUCUUACCUACUGACAGACACCCAAAUUUUCCUGUAGUUUUCUGUGUUACAUCUUACAUGUUUCCACUUUCUAGCAAACAUUAUAUUUGGAUAGUUGUUCCCCGCAUGUUCGUACUUAUGAUGUAUCCCUUGCACUAUCGGCAUCGAUUUUCGAGAAUUUUUGCAACAACUGGUGAGACUUUUUGUAUUAAUGACAGUGGCACAUAGAUAUCGUUAUCCAAUCCUCCUACAUCUAUAUGUUAACGGAUAAUACACAAGAAAAGCAUUAGUGAUUGUUGAUUCAUCGCCAAGAUAGCUUACAACCAAUAACAGUUCAUUAUCCAAUUGAAUGAUUGAUAUUUCCUUUCUCAUCAAAAUCCAUUUACCCAUACUCUUGACAGUAGAUAUGUAUGUUUCUACUUCGUAAUUAACGGAAAAGAACCCAGAUUGUUUUUUCUUUUUGUCUCUCGUCACUAAGUGAUAUUUAUGAAAAUAGUUUUUUCAUUUGCACUAAAAGAAGCCUGGGUAUCGUCUUCUGUUGUUUGUGAAAUAAUGCAUAAUUGACUCCUC